UUUUUUAACAAACGAAACACGAAGACAUGUUAUAUUGCACCCCAUAAACACAAUCAAGCACAGAAAAAAAGCAGUAAACCACCCCUUUAAAGCAUCCUUGCUAAAUAAAAGUAUUAAUUUCCAUAAUUUCUUUCCCAAAAAACAAAACAAAAAUUAUACUGACUCCAGUCUUUUGGAAUUGGUGUAGUGUAGAAUGUUACAAUUUUUUUUAUUUCAGAUAAAUGCUGAUCUUUGCAUUUUUCUAUUCAUCAAAGAAUCCAUUAAUAAUAAUAAAUAUUUCUUGAGCAGCAAAUCAGCAUAUUAGAAUGAUUUCUGAAGAUAAUGUGACACUGAAGACUGGAGUAAUGAUGCUGAAAAUACAGCUGUGCAUCACAGAAAUAAAUUACAUUUUAAAACAUAUUCAAAUAGAAAGCAGUUAUUUUAAAUAGUAAAAAUAUUUCACAAUAUUACUGCUUUUGCUGUAUUUUGGAUCAAAUAAAUGCAGGCUUGGUGAGCAGAAGAGAAUUCUUUAAAACACAUUCAAAAUCUUACUGUUCAAUAACUUUUGACUGGUAGUGUAGAUAUGUAUCAUUGCAUCUAGUUGUUUUGGAUAAUAAAAAACGUCAGGUCUGACAAUAUCGUGUCUUUUCGAAUUUAAAUCUAGAUUUAUUCGCAUUGGCCCAUGGAAACCUCUAUGAAGACACUUGACAUGACUUGGCCAAAAAAUCGCGGUGGACGAAUUGAAGUUUUAUUUAAUGUCGCUUGCACACAGGAUAGAUGCCUGACUCCGUUGCGAGUCCCUAUCAAGCACUUUACCGAUUCAGCUGCUCUCCUCCUCCUCCUCCUGGCUCUUUCCCCCGCAUCACUCACCGCAGAGCAAGCCUGUUCUUGAUAAAUCUGCUGUGAAAACGUGGGAAAAGCCGACGAGGAAGAAGUUGGGGUGAAGCAAUCUUUAUAUAGUCGGAGGCUCCGUCUAUAGUGCAUUGUGAUUGGGUGGUUUACGCUGUCAAUACAGGAGACAAACCAAUGGGUCACUGGCUGCUCGUGAUGGUCCUUGGCAAAAAAAAAAAAAUGCUGUCGGCCCACCAGGAACAUGCCCGGUAUGCCCAGUUACCAGUCCAGCCCUGCUUAUAACUUGUUGUAAAUGUGAUGCACCUUUAUCUGCGCGGAGGGAUGUAUUCCCAGAUUUAAUUUUUUGUUUUUGUUUUCCGCGGGGAUGGAGAUUAUAUAUGUAGAUUUGUAUAGAUUAUAUAUAGAUUUUUUGCUGUACGUGUGUGAAAGCAGCCAAGUGAAAAUAAGUUGCAUACGCUCCCCCCCCCCCUCCCCCAUCUCAUAAGAGAGUUUGAGUAAAUGAUUAUUGCCAGAAGUGUAAAGUAUUGGAGUAAAUGUAACUAAUUACUGUACUUGAGUAUCUUUUCUGAUAAUUUGUAGUUUUACUGAGUAUCAAAGACAUUAGUAGCUUUUACUCUACUUUCUCUCACUACAUGUUUGAAUGAGUAUCUGCAAUCUUUACUCCGCUACAUUUGAAAUGAGUGCUGCAGUUACACAUUACAUUUAGCAUGACACCUAGCUUUUCUACAGCAAUUUAUUUCUGCUACAAAAGAUGUGAUAUUGCCAACUACAGGGCACUGAAAGUACUAUAUCUUGUGCGUUUUGCUCUUACUCACCCAAACUUGUCAACAAGGCUACUGUACGUGAUCGUGAGCUUCUCAGCCAGUAGUUGUGAAUCACAGGUGUUUUAUAUGACUGCAGCUGGCAAUGAGGCCAAAACCAGCACAUCCACUGCAAGAACACUUUGACUUUUUAAUUAUUUUUUAAAUUAAUUAAUUAAUUUAAUUUGGUUUUAUUUUGGUUUUAUCACUGAUUGCUCUCAUCACAAAUAAGCUCUUUCUUGUUUGUUACAUGUUCUCUGUGCCUUGUCUUAGACUUUUAUGUCACUUCCUGCCUCCUUUGGUGUUUGUAGUCAAUUUGUAUCUUAUCUUGUUCAGCUAGUUAGCCUCCUGUAUUUAUAUAUGCAUAUGUGUGUGUGUGUGUGUGUGUGUGUGUGUGACCCUGGACCACAAAACCAGUCUUAAGUCGCUGGGGUAUAUUUGUAGCAAUUAGGGGUGUGCAGCGGAGUCAUUAUUUGUAUCUGUAUCUGUAUCUGUGACAAUCUCAAAAUUAUUUGUAUCUGUAUCAGUAUUCGGAUAGAUCCGGAAGUGGGCGUGGCUUAAACCAGAAGUUCGUCAAAUUACAUGAAAAUGCCAUUUUAAAUGCAAAUCUGUUCGAUUCGUAGUUUUCAUUUAACAAAUAUGCCUUGUAUAACUAAAGAAAGCAUUCUUUUUUUUAAAUUAAAAUUAUAACUUUGUAAAUAUCUUCUAUUUAAAAUUUUAUCAAAAAAGAAAAAUAACUUUAUUCUUCUUAUUUUCAAGUGAAACUUUGUGUACAAAUUUGACAAAAGACAAGCAUCCACAAUCUUAAAUAAGAGCACUAGUAGAAAAAAAGAAGCUGAAAGGAAAGAAAAAAAAAAGAAUAGAAAUGGAAAGAAAGUGUUCAGUAGCCUAUCACAGCAGAAUGACAAUAACGCUUGCUUGAACUAACUUAGAUCAUGUGUUACGGGAAUCUGUGAUCAUUUAUGAGUUUUUUAGUCAACCGAGAGCAAAAAAAAUCAUUUGGACCCUCCAAAAGCCUUGAUCAAACAUCGCUUUUCUUCAUCUUGUAUAAUUAAAUGUAAUGCCAUUCACGAAAAGGGCAAAUGUAAUGCGUUUUUACAGUUGAACUUCGAAAAGGUUUGAAGGUAGGACCGUUUUUAGUAUAUUUUUGUCAAAUUGAUAUAACUCCAGACAAAGCUCUAAUUUCUGAGAAACUGACCCCAACGCGGCUAUUAAUUUGCACUCAUUUCAUUCACAUAGGCUAGUCUAAACUCAUUCACUUUACACAUCCAGGCCCAUAGCCAGCUAUGAGGUCCAGACCUCGUGAAUGUUUCAUGUUCAAAAAUAAAAUUUGAAAACAUAUGAAAAAUUAUUUAAAAUCAUGUCGCUGAAUAAAUUCAUGUGGCUAACUCGCACCAGCUGCGAUGCGCAGCAGUGAAGGAGCUUAGCGCAAGUGCAGCCGCCGCUCUGCGAUGUUGCCAGAUCUGGUUAUUGUAAGCGUCGCUGGACUUGUUUUAAUACUUAAUGUAACAGCAUUAAUAAAGUAAUUAGGGCAUUAAUAAAGUGGGAAGAUGAAGGUUGAGGUUAGAGAUUCUGUAUCCUAUUUGCAAAAUACAAGAUUUAAACUUUGUUUGGUGCAUUUUUCAGGAGAUUGGUUGUGGUUGUUUUUUGUAGCAAUAUCAACACUGCUUCGCCGGCACUGACAGCAGCAAUCAAAAAAGGAGCGCGCGGAUAGUUUAUUGCUGAGGAGACCACAUUCUUUAGACAAACGCUAUGAUCACCAUGAUAUUAGCUGUACGAAACUGUGUGCAGUACUAGCCAUUAUUAUUGCACAAAUCUUAACAACCGCAGACCUCACUAAUGUAGUGCUGUUCCAGAAAACAUGAUUGUGUCUGCCGAAUAUUUUUUCUGUUAUUCGGAUAAAUCCCUUAUUCGUUUUGAAGCCAUUAUCCGUGCCUUUCCGAAUAAGGUAUUCGGCUUCGGGCACAUCCCUAGUAGCAAUACCCAAAAAUGCAUUGUAUGGGUCAAAAUUAUAGAUUUUUCUUUUAUGCCAAAAAUCAUUAGGAUAUUAAGUAAAGAUGAUGUUCCAUGAAGAUAUUUUGUAAACGUCCUACUGUAAAUAUAUCAAAACUUAAUUUUUGAUUAGUAAUAUGCAUUGCUAAGAAUUUCAUUUGGACAACUUUAAAGGAGAUUUUCUCAAUAUUUAGAUUUUUUUUGCACCCUCAGAUUCCAGAUAAUAGUUGUAUUGCAGCCAAAUAUCGUCCUAUCAGAAAAUCCAUGCAGAUAGUUUUCCGGUUUGCAACCGUUGUUGGAGUGGCUGAGAAGGGUCCGCUGGCAUUAUACAGCACGAGAGCGGCCUCUAGAGGCAGAAAUCACUGACAGCACGUGUUGUUUAUUUUGACACGUGACACUGCGCUGCACAGAGCGGGAAACUCCAGACUCGCAUUUAAAUACAGCCGACAGAAAAUCCUGCCGCAAACAGAGCGACAUUCACAUAGUUUUCUAUUAAAUAAAUUGUUUUAGACCAUCACAUGAAUUGAACGCAAGGCGUCUGGUGUGUGUGGGUGUGUGUGUGAUACCUCUGAGUUCUCCUAGACGCAGCGCUGCGCUUUUGCCCGGGGUGUGACUAACUUUAUUUUUCUUUUCUUUUUUUUUUGAUCAGAUAGGGUUAUCAAGUGUUAAAAAAUAGAAGCAAAUAAAGUGUGUGAGUACACAUACAAUAUCCAUAUGUAUGUAAUUUUAAUGCUAUGGCCUUGUGUAGAUAUUUAAAGAUGGCCAUCUUUAAGCAUGACUGUUGAAAUUAAAUGGUAACACUUAACAAUAAGAGUCCAUUCGUAGCAUUAAUGAAAACUGUAGAAGUAUUGUUCCUUGUUAGAGUGUUUUCAUUUCAACAUUCACUAUUAGCUACUAAUAAAUAAAGUUCAACUUUUGUCGCAUCAGUCCACAGAGUAUUUGCCCAAAAGUCUCAGGGAUAAUCAAGAUAUUUUUUGCCAAAUGUUAGACGAGCCUUUGUGUUAUUUUUGGUCAGCAGUGGCUUUUGCCUCGGAACUCUCCCAUGGAUGCUGUUUUUGCCCAGUCUCUUUCUUAUUGUUGAAUCAUGAACACUGACCUUAAUUGAGGCAAGUGAGGCCUAAACAUCCUAUUUAGAUGUUGUUCUGGGUUCUUUUAUGACCUCCUGGAUGAGUCGUCUUUGUGCUCUUGGAGUAAUUUUGGUAGGCCGGCCACUCCUGGGGAGGUUCACCACUGUUCCAAGUUUUCUCCAUUUGUGGAUAAUGGUUCUGACCAUGGUUUGCUGGAGUCCCAAAGCCUUAGAAACGGCUUUAUAACCCUUUCCAGACUGAUACAUGUAAACUAUUUUGUUUCUCAUCGGUUUAUGGAUUUCUUAAGAUCGCGGAAUGAUGUGUUGCUCUUUAAACAUGCUUCACUUUGUCAGACAGGUUCUAUUUAAGUGAUUUCUUGAUUCAACAGGUCUGGCAGUAAUCAGGCCUGGGUUUGGCUAGAGAAAUUUAACUCAGCUUUCUAAAAUAAUGUGGUUAAUCACAGUUCUUUCAUGAUUUAACAGGAGGGGGCAAUUCAUUUUUCACGUAGGGCCAGGUAGGUUUGGACAGCUUUUUUCCCUUAAUAAAUUAAAUCAUCAUUUAAAAACUGCAUGUUGUAUUUACUUGCAUUAUCUUUGUGUAAUAUUAAAAUAUCAGAUUACCAUAUGUGUACGUAGGGGGGUCCAUGAAAAAAAAGGUUGGAAACCACUGUCUUACACUAUAGCCAACAAUACAUUGUAUGGGUCAAAAUUAUCCAUUUUUCUUUUAUGCCAAAAAACAUUAGGAUAUUAAGCGAAGAUGUUUUAUGAAGAUAUUUUGUGACUUUUCUACUGUAAACAUAUCAAAAUAUUUGUUUUUUUUUUAGUAAUAUGCAUUGCUAAAAAGUUCAUUUGGACAACUUUAAAGGCAAUUUUCUCUGUUUUUUUGCACCCUCGGAUUCCAGAUUUUCAAAUAGUUGUAUCUCGGCCAAAUAUUGUCCGAUCCUAACAAACCAUACAUCAAUGGAAAGAUUAUUUAUUCAGAUGAUGUAUGAAUCUCAAUUUAAAAAAAUUGCUGAAUUCAGUGAUGUCAUCGUCCAGCUCAGUUCAGUUUACAUAGUUUCUGUGAAAUCAUGUCGACAAUAUCGCUGGAAAUGAAGUGUCCCCAACUAAUCAAGCUAGAGGCAACAGCGGCAAAGAACCAAAACUCCAUCGGUGACAGAAUUGAGAAAAAACGCAAGUAAAACACAUUUUAAAAUGAAAUGUAUAAAUAAAAAGGUUAGGUAUCAUAUUUGAUUCAAGUGAUUUUUAUUGAGGGUGGGGGGCUUUUUGUACACUUUUUAAGGCUUCAAAGAUAGAAUUUGGAGGACAUCUGCUUUACUUAUAUUAAUGCCAGUCUUGGGCCGCAGGGUGAUAUGGCUGGCGGCCAUAUUUUCAAAAAGCCUUUUUCCAAAAGGUACAUCUGGAAAAAGGGGGGUCGUCUUAUAAUCGGGGUCGUCUUAUAUUCGGGUCAAUAUGGUACUUAAAAAUAAGUAAACUGAUUUCUUGUUGAUUUUGGCAAAUCUGCUUCUUCCACACAGAAAUUCAUAUUCAGUGAAGCUCCUCACAACUAUCACACAUUCAGCAGUAAAUGCUGGAAUAUUCCCAUCAGUUUACAAGUGAAGACGAGCAUCAGAGCAUCAGGAAGAGCUGAGUUUAUUAAAGAGGACAGAGAGAAGAUGAGAGAUCCAGAACCCUGCAGAAUCAAACACACUGAAGAUACUGAACAACAAACAGAGUUGAUUGAAAAAAAUGAGGAGAAUGAAGAAUUGAGUGAAGCUGAGGGAAUAAAUCACUUCAGAACUGGAAAAAAACCUUUGAGUUGCUCUCAAACUCAGAAAGUUUUAAAGAAAAGAAGAGCCAAUAAAUCUUUCACCUGCACUCAGUGUGGAAAGAGAUCGACAAGCAAAUAUAAUCUUGAGCUUCACAUGAGAGUUCAUACUAGAGAGAAACCUUACAAGUGUUCACACUGUGACAAGAGAUUCAGUCACUCAGGAGACCUGAAAAAACAUGAGAGGAUUCACACUGGAGAGAAACCUUACAAGUGUUCACACUGUGACAAGAGAUUCAGUCGGUCAGGAGCCCUGAAAACACAUGAGAUGAUUCACACUGGAGAGAAACCUUACAAGUGUUCACACUGUGACAAGAGAUUCAGUCGGUCAGGACACCUGAAAACACAUGAGAGGAUUCACACUGGUGAGAAACCACACACAUGUGAUCAGUGCGGGAAGAGUUUCACACAAAAAGGUGACCUUACAUCACACAUGAGAGUUCAUACUGGAGAGAAACCUUUCACUUGUGAUCAAUGCGGAAAGAGUUUCACACAAUCAUCAAACCUUAAGAAUCACAUGAACAUCCACACUGGAGAGAAACCACACACAUGUGAUCAAUGCGGCAAAACAUUUUUGUGGGCUUCAUACUUGAAGAAACACAUGAAUGUUCAUACAAAGGAGAAGCCACAUUCAUGUCAUUUGUGUGGAAAGAGUUUUUCACAUCUACAACAUUUGAAAGUACAUCAGAAAAUACACACUGCUGUGAGAGAGUACAUGUGCUUUGAGUGUGAGAAGACUUUUACUACAGCGAGCUGUUUAAAAAAGCACCAGAGGUUUCACACUGGAGAAAAACCUUACAAGUGUUCACACUGCGACAAGAGAUUCAUUCAGUCAGGAGACCUGAAAAGACACGAGAGCAUUCACACUGGAGAUAAACCGUAUCACUGCACUGCAUGUGGGAAGCGUUUCAAUCGUUCAUCUGCUAUACACAGUCAUAUAAAAAACAUUCACAGUAAGUAGAUCAUCUUCAGGUCUUUCAGGUCUGAUGCUGCGUCCUGAACAAAUGCGACACAAUAAUGCAUCAAGCAACAGAAUAUCAUCUGGAUAAAUCUGUCAUAACAAGCAACAUGACAAAGAAACAAAAAAGACCCACCAAAAAGCUGCAGAAUAAACACAUUCCCAAAUCAGGAUCUAAAGAUUCCCCCACACAGCCAUCACGAGGUGGUAAAACUGACAACACCCUCAUUGUCUGGAUUAGUUCCUCUCAACAUGAUAAUAGUUAAUCCAAUCAAGGGAAAAGAGAACUCCUUUGUCUCGACGAACUGAAGUCAUUUAAACAACAUACGGUUAAGAUCUACCUCGUGGACACGGUGCAUAAAUCCAGAUUAGAAGCCCGGAAACAGGAAAAGGCAAAUUUACGUGACACUCUCCAGUCCUGCAAACACCCAAGAGCCAUACAGCGUGACCCCUCGUGACCCCCGAGGGCAGGGGUCUGCAACCUUCAACAUCAACAGAGCCAUUUUAAACUUCAUUACAAUCCAUACAAUUGUGAAAGUAAUUUACUGAAACUCUGGAAUGUUCCGUAAUAAAAGGCAAAAAAAAAGA